AUGUCUAGGAAAUCAAGUGAAGCAGAUUUGCAGAAAAUCUUGAAGAAAGCUUGCUCGAUUGACGAGUCGGCUCCAAAGAGGAAACACGUCAGGGCGUGCAUUGUGUUCACUUGGGAUCAUGCUAGCGCUCGAGCUGUGUUCUCAGCUUUGAAGAGUAUGCCCUUCACUGACCAUGAAAUCCAGCUUUUCAAAUUGCUGAUUGUGCUGCAUAAAGUUAUCCAGGAAGGCCACCCUUCUGCGUUGGCACAAGCUAUCAAGGAUAGAGAAUGGAUCAGGUCCCUAGGAAGAAUAAACAUAGGCCAUUCGCCAUACACAAAAUUAGUAAAGGAGUAUGUCAGGUUCUUGAUGUUGAAAUUGGACUUCCAUGCCACUCACAAGGGGUUCAAGAACGGUACAUUUGAGUAUGAAGAGUACGUCUCUUUGAUCAAUGUCUCUGAUCUGGAUGAAGGUUACGAAACAGUACUGGACUUGAUGACUUUACAGGAUCAAUUGGAAGAUUACUCUCAGAUCAUCUUUGCGUCAAUCCACUCGGAAAGAGACAGCUCUGAGUUGAGAAUCGCAGCUUUGAUACCCUUGGUGGCCGAGUCCUACGGUAUCUACAAGUUCAUAACAUCUAUGCUGAGAGGUUUGCACGCCCAAUUGAAUGAUGCAGAAGGUGAUGCUGCUUUGCAACCACUGAUAGAAAAGUACGACCUACAACACGCUCGUCUGUUCGAGUUCUACGCUGAUUGUUCUUCGAUUAAGUUCUUAACUACCAUGGUUACCAUACCAAAACUACCAACAAAAGCGCCAGAUGUUUUGGUAGACAACAGCAAUGAUAUUGAAACCACUAGAAAGACUCCUACCCCACAACCAAAGAAAACUCCAACACCAGAAGUGAGAAAACCAUCGCCAGGACCAAGAGAACAAUUGAAACCCACUAGAACAGCAAGCACAGCUAAUACUUUGUCACCAAUGUUCACCGCUAACGUUAUGAUACCAACGGUAACAGGUGCUGUUCAACAAGCCUUCCCACAACAACAGCAACAAAUUCAGCCAGAUUUCUGGGUCAAUCAACAAGCACAGUUGGCUCAGGAGCAGCAAAGGUUGGCUCAAGAGCGCCAACAACAACUUGCAUUACAACAACAGCAACAAGAAGAAUUCCAAAGGCAACUGCAACAGACUCAGCAGGAGAUGAUGAACAUGCAAAUGCAACAACAGAGCCAACAUCAAAAUGAUCUAAUUGCGUUAACUAACCAGUACGAGAAGGACCAAGCUUUACUACAGCAAUAUGACCAAAGAGUUCAGCAAUUGGAAGAAGAAAUAUCAAAUAUUGACAAGAAUGCCAACGAACAGAUUGAUAACAAGAAUGAGCAAAUUGGAUCACUGCAGGAUCAGUUGGAAAUGUGGGAAAAGAAAUAUGAGUCAUUGGCUAAACUGUACUCACAGCUACGUCAAGAGCACCUGCAAUUGUUACCACGUUUCAAGAAAUUACAAAUAAAGGUUGGAAGCAUUCAAGAGGCUGUUGCAAAUAAAGAGGUUCUGGAACAGAAGCUGAAGAAGAAGGACUUACAACUUAUUGAUGCCAUUAAAGAACGUGAUAGACUCAGACUGGAUAAUGAGCGUUUGAUUUCAAAUAAAUCAGAGGAUUUGAAUUCAGAUGGUGUUGAAAAGUUUGCUGACGAUAGAGUCUUGCCAAUGUUAGAUGCAGUUUUGCUAAGUGGUAUUAAUACGAUCCAGGAAUCAGUGUUCAAUAUGGACAAUUCAUUGAGUUGGUCUGGUCCAUUGGCUCCAGCUUCGUUCUUAUUAGCACUUGCUGAUAAUACCUCCGAAAGGGCAACUGAGUUUGCUACAAAUUUCAAUAACUUGAUUGUUGAUGGUCUAGUCAAUGGUGACCAAACUGCAGUAAUUCAUAGUGUAAGUGAUUUUAGUGUUUCAAUUGCUACCUUGGUUACCUACGUUAAUGCUUAUACAACAUCGCUACUAGGAGAAAAUGACUCGGAGUCUAUCGCCAGCAUGGCCAAGAAAUGUGCUAGAGAAGCUGAGUUUUUCUUUGAGGAUCUGUUAUCAGAAAAUUUGAUGCCUUAUGAUGAUGAAGGUAAAACUGAUGUUGUCAUUAAUUCUAACGUAAACUUUCAAGAAAAGCUUCAGCAUCUAACGACAACAAUCGAAAAAGUACUACAAUCUGCCCCUCAAAACAAAAACAAGGAGCAGGAUCCACAUUCCCAACUUAUUGCUACAGCAGAUGCCAUUGUUAAAUCGUCACAACCAUUAAGAAUAACACCAAACGUUCCAAAGCCUCUGUUGACUCUGGCAUUGGCUAUUAUUGAUGCAGUUGUUGCUUUAGUGCAAGCAGCUGUUCAAUGUCAAAAUGAAAUAGCAACAACUACAAAUACACCAUUAUCACAAUUUUACAAGAAAAAUAGUAGGUGGACGGAGGGUCUGAUAUCUGCUGCAAAAGCAGUUGGUGGUGCCACUGAUAUAUUAAUAAGCACUGCUGGUGAACUUGUUACUGAUGAUAAGGAGGGCUCUCCUGAGAGAUUUGCUGUUGCUGCAAAAGAAGUUGCAGCUUCUACAAUCCAACUGGUAGCAGCCUCCAGAGUGAAAUCAGGAGUUCACUCGAAAGCGCAAGAAAAACUUGAAGAGUGUUCAAGGGCUGUUACAGAGGCCUGUAAGGAAUUAGGGCAUACUGUUCUCGUGAAGUAUAAUUCAGAAGCUCAAGAUGACCAACCAAUGGAAUUUACUUCUGAACAUCAACUAAAGACCGUAGAGAUGGAGCAGCAAGUAGAGAUAUUGCGUUUAGAGCAAUCAUUGAAUAUUGCAAGAAAAAAGUUGGGUGAAAUUAGAAAGCAUGCAUACUUUACUGAACAAGACGAAUAA